AUGAACAAGUUGGAUGAUGUUCGGAUUGUGAUGAACGAGAAGAAGACAAUGGCGAAAGCGCUCGACCCGCUCAACACCGCCAGAAACCCGUUCACCAACAUUUUGCCCUGUAAGUUGUGUCUUCGAAUAGCGUCUUCCAACCUUUUUUUCAGACGACCAAAACCGCGUGAAACUGACUAAAUCGGAGAGUAACCCGGACGGAUACAUCAAUGCGUCGCACAUUUCCCUUCCGGAAGUCGACCUCCACUACAUUCUGACUGGAUGUGCUCCGGUCAACGAAAUUCCGGCGUUCUGGCAGAUGGUGGUCGAGCAAAAGGCGCCUUUCAUCGCCCUCUUCACCACCGGACGCUGUGCCAGACAUGCGACCAUCGAGUACUUUCCGAUGAAGAGGGACGAGAAGAUGACGUUCGGAGAGUAUGAGAUCAAAUGCGAAUGUCGCGCCCGUUACAGCUCCUACGUCUAUCGUCUGCUUAUAGUCACUUAUCCCGGAGGUAAGUGUUCAUUAUCAGAUACAAUCAAAAGAUAUCCGAGUUUCCACCAGGAACCCAUCGUCUCGACCACAUCCAAUUCACUCGCUGGGAAGAUCAGACCGCUCCGUUUUAUCUCGACGCGUUCUUCGAUUUCUAUGACCUACUUCGAGGUGACAGAGCUAUUGAGCCAGUAUAAAUUUGAUAAUUUUCAGUUAUCGAACAAGAAGACGUACGCGAGAACCCGUCGAUUCUGGAGAAAUUCCGAUUGAAACCGAAAAACGUCGCAUCGAAAUCUCCGAUUCUUCAAUGCGCGGCAGGCACCAGCCGCACCGGAACGUUUAUAAUCAUCGAUGCGAUGGUCCGAAUGCUCGAAAAACGGAUGGAGCACACGUAUUGCGUCGAGGAGCUCAUUCUGAAACUGCGCACCCAGAGACGUCGUGCGAUCACCUCGAAAGAACACCACAAGUUUAUCUACGACGCCGUCAUCCACUGGAUCCUCAACUCGGACGCCGGAAUGGCUCGCGCUAAACCAGGCCUCGAGGCUCACGCGCGGUCUGUUCCAGUCAUUUGUGAUGACGCCAUGAAAAUGUACACGAAUCAGAAGAAGUGGAUCAUCAAGGACCGUCAACGAAUCAAAUGGAUUUUAGAGUACACGUCAAACAGCACUGACGACACGGAGACGGAGAAGGAGAUCGAGGUGAUCAAGGCGCUGUCCGAUCGUUACGAGAAUGCGAGACUGGUCGAGGAUUACUACGGAAUGGAGUUCUACGGACCGCGCAACCGGAGAGUUGGCCAGAAUCAAAUCUACGAUAACGCAAUAGAAGUCGCUGAGCAAGUGGUUCUUGCUCGUAAAUCUUCGGUGGAGCACACAGUCUGA